CAAUGGUUGCCUUCCAAAUUUGACUUCCACUCGAAUAUCGGUCAUUACAUCCCACUUCCCAGGUCGUCUUUCGUGUUCGUCUUCCCUGGUUCAUUUUUCUCCCCCUAAAUAUUAGGGCUUUAUUCGCUAUCUUCUGAUCUUCUCGAAAUCCUAAUCCGUUUCAGAGAUCCGAAUCGAAUUUCUCUGUUAACAUAAAAUAUCCGAAAUCAAUCGAAUUUCUGCAAUAUCCAUUCGAAAUCAUGGAGAUCUCCGCCAUUGCAGACGCUGUUACAAUAGCCGCAACGCAAGGUCUAGGGGUUGCCAAAUUUCAUUUGCGUCGCCAUUAUUGUACUUCCAACAACUAUCUCUCUGCGCUAUGCGAUGCUUCCUCCCUCGCUGGCGUUCUGUCAAUCUCUGCUGGAUUUUCUCCUGUGGAUGUCAUGGCUCCGCCGACAGUCAGAUCGAAUUCUUACAGAGCCGCUCCCCGGACACUCACUAGGCAAAAGAGACGUACGAGGAGGAGAUCUCUGACGGGGGAUUCUGACAGCGGCGAGAAGGAUGGGUUCUUCGGUGACGGCGAUGAUGGCCCGUUUGGCGGAGGCAGUGGCGGCGGCAAUGGUGGUAGAGGGUGGAAUUUCGACAGAUUCGGAGGAUCUGAUUGGGAGGAGUCGUCAUCGUCAUCAUCUUCUGAUCCUGCGUUCGAUUUCGUAUACGAGGUACUUUGUUGGAUCGUUCUUUCUAAUUGCAUGCAUUUUGCCUUCAAGAGGAUGGUUCGGACUCUGGCGGGUGGCAUUGGAGAUCCUUCUAGGGAGAAGGUCCCGAUGAGACUAGUUUCGGUCUGCUAAAGCGGUCAAGGUUUCGCUUCGCAUAUUGUUAAUUAGGUAUCGAGGAGAAUGGAAAUUCUUGAAUCGAUGUAUAUAUGUAUAUAUGUUUCAAAUACUGUAGUUCCUAUUGUUUCCCCUGCAUAUCUUCCUGUAAAGAUAGUAGUAUGGUACUUUAUUUUAUAUUCGAAUAUAUAUUCUUCCUUUUCUUCAAUAUAUUAAUUGUGACAUCUAUGUUCC